GACUUCCAAUUUUGUUGUACAGUUUGACAUGUGCAAUGACAUUAUUCUACAAUAAUCUGCAUAUAUAGUUGCUUAUAUGGACUAAUCAUGUCGUACUUUUACUUUUGCUGCCAAUAUAACUGUACUUUUACUUUUUUUAAAGCCGGACUUCAACAUUGUUGGGGGGGCUGUUGGUGGUUUUACGCAAAAAAACAUCCAUAUACUUGUGUCUCUGCUGCAACAACCUCAGUAUUUAGUUCCAGCGGGCUCCAUGUGGCGGGAUGAGAAUAAUAAUAAUAAUAAUCAUAUCUUGGUGUUUUCUCCGGUUACGCACGGUGCCAACGCGCGGCUUCUCGGUUCUGGCGACUCCUCCACACUGGGAUCAGCUGUCUUCGCUCUCAGCUACUCCCAGAAUUCCACUCCGCCUUUUACUUUUUUUCUUUCUGUCUUUCUUUGCUUGCAGCUCUCCCUCUCCCUCCCUCUCUCCCUGCCUCCCUCUCCCUCCCUCUCCCUCUCCGCACACAGGACUUCCCAGUGACUUUGCGCGACUGCAUUUGGCCCCCGAGCUUGAGUCCCCACAAGUUUGGCCAGUGCGCACGGCGGGUGGAGAAGAACAAGGAGCCAGUCUGGAGCCCGGAGCCGCGUCGAGCCGACGGGUCUUUUCUUGUUGUCGUUGCGCCUCGUCCGCGUGAACCAAACGCGUAAAAGGGAUUUUUUUUUGAUUUUUUUUAAAUUUCUUUUGGUUGUUACCUGUUGAUGAGGUCCCGACGGCCGCGGGGCGCGAGAGGAGCAGUCGGCACUUUCUUGGCAGAGAAGAGGAAAAGUGUGAAAGAGGCGCAGGCAACACGCCACUCCAGUGGCCUGGAGGAGUGAAGGACCUCGGAGGGUUUUCUCUCUCUCUCUCUCUCCCUCUCCCUCUCUCCCUCUCUCUCUCCUCCUUCUCCCCCAGCGAUCGCAGCCUGUGCUGGGUUGGUUGGUUGGCUGGUGGAAGAAUGGGCACUUCGGCCACUUCGACCUGUGGACUUAUCCUCUCCUUGGUGCUCACGUGCCAGCUGGUUACUGUGACGCAGGCCUCCAAGGUGUGGGGAGAGGUCCCUCUGCCCGAGGACCUGGAGGCGGAGAAAGACGUGCAGGCGUCACGGAGCUUGCUGGACGACGACGAGGACUUUGCUGCCGACGAAGCGUCAGGAGAUCCCAGCGGAGAGGAUGAUGGAAGCACGCCGUGGCCUCCAGUCAGCGAGAGCACAAUUCACUGGUUGGACUCUUCGUACAUGAGGAACAUACAGAGCCCAGUCGAGCCCGACUACAUUUAUUACAGAGCGCUCGUCAACUUCACCGACUCCCUGGUCUACAGCCCGGAGCUCGAGGACAUCUUCUCCCCGGCCUUUAAUGAGAUCUCUGAGGCGGUGGUGGACACGCUGGAGUCGGACUACAACAGGAUUCCAGGUGUCCAGACAGUCAGCGUUGUCCUCAUUAAGAAGAUGAUCAGGGAUGAUGGCGUGGACGUGUUUGUGGAGCUGGACGUGGGCUCGGACUACAACACCGACGACGAACAGAUCCGCGGCGUGCUCUACAACGUGGUGAGGGAGGGAGCCAUCGCGUCCUACGUCACGUCGGUCCAGGGCUUCCAGUUCAGACGACUCGGGGAAGCUCAACCGUUGCCUUCCGCGGAGCCUAUAGCAGUGCCAGUAACCCCCAGCAUCAGGCCCUGCAUGCCAGAUGAGCACAGGUGUGGCGAUGGGACAUGCAUCCUGAUGGAAUACCUGUGUGACAAUAGACCAGACUGCAGGGACAUGAGUGAUGAGACCAACUGUGAUGUGAAACUGCCAGCGCCUCCGGUCUUCACCACCCCUCCCACCACCACCACCACCACCACAACCACCACCACCGCCGCCAAGAAGGCCCCGCGGCCCCCCGGCCCACCGGGACCCUGCAGAGCCGACCAGGCCACGUGCCAGAGCGGCGAGUGCAUCCCCCGAGACUACAUCUGCGACGGAGAGAGGGACUGCUCGGACGGGAGCGACGAGUUCAGAUGUGGUACUCCCUCUCCCUGUGAACCCAACGAGUUCAAGUGUAAAAAUGGCCGCUGUGCUCUCAAGCUUUGGCGCUGUGACGGAGACAAUGACUGCGAGGACAACUCGGACGAAACGGAUUGCCCCACCAAGGGCCCCGGCGACAGGUGCGCUCCCGAGCAGUUCGAAUGCCUGAGCGAUCGCACCUGCAUCCCGGCCAGUUACCAGUGUGACGAAGAGCCCGACUGCCCCGACCGCUCGGACGAGUACGGCUGCACCCCCCCCUCUGUGACGAGCCCACCGGAAGAGUCCGUCCAGGCAGCCCGGGGGGCGACGGUGACGUUCACCUGUCAGGCCGUUGGAGUGCCGACACCCAUCAUCACCUGGAGACUCAACUGGGGACACAUUCCCGUCAGCGGCAGGAUCUCCAUGACCAACGAGAACGGCCGCGGCACCCUCACCAUUCGCGACGUGAAGGAAGCGGACCAGGGGGCCUACACCUGCGAGGCCAUCAACGCUAAAGGCCUGGUGUUCGGUAUCCCCGACGGAGUGCUCACCCUCACGUCCAACCCCAACCCGGGCGACUGUCCUGGCGGCCACUUCAGCGUGGACGGCCGCUGUGUGUCCUGCUUCUGCGCCGGAGUCGGCAAGAGCUGCAAGAGCACCGGCCGCUACCGCAACCGGAUCAGCCUGCGGUUCACCGACGAGGAAGACUUCAAAGGAGUGAAUGUCACUUAUCCAUCCCGGCCAGGCACUCCCCCUCUCUCCUCCACCCAGCUCCUCAUCCAACCCGAAAUGGAGGAGUUCCAGCUCGUCGACCUGUCGCGCCGUUUCCUCAACCUCGACUCCUUCUGGAUUUUGCCUCGCCAGUUCCUGGGCAACAAGAUCGACUCCUACGGGGGGUCCCUGAAGUUCAAGGUGCGGUACACUUUGGCCCGCGGCCUGUCUGAGCCGGUGGAGAAGCCCGACGUGAUGCUGGUUGGAAACGGACGCAGGCUCGUGUACCGCAGGGGCAGCGCCACCCCUUCCCAAGUGGUCAACCAGAAGGAGAUCAAAUUCACUGAAGAUAAAUGGCAGCACUCCAAUGGCCGCCCCGUGACCCGGGAGGAGCUGAUGAUGACGCUGGCCAGUCUGGACAGCGUCAGCAUUCGCACCAACUACGACCACCACAUGGUCAGCGUGGGGCUCAGUGACAUCGUCAUGGAUACCACCACGGUGGAGUUCAGCACUCUGGGUCACGCCAGAGAUGUCGAAGAGUGCAGAUGUCCCCCCGGAUAUUCAGGCCUGUCCUGUGAGGUGUGUUCCUCUGGUUUCGAGCGCAUCCCCGGUGGCUCCUAUCUGGGCACCUGUGCCGGUUGCAACUGUAACGGACACGCCAGCGCCUGUGAUCCCAUCAGCGGACACUGUCUGAGCUGCCAGCACAACACAGAGGGGCCACAGUGUGACAAGUGUCGCCCCGGCUACUUCGGCGACCCGAGCCGAGGUCGCCCCGACGACUGCAAGCCCUGCCCCUGCCCGUACUACGAGACCUCGCGUCGGUUCUCUGACACCUGCUUCCUGGACGUCGACCAGCAGCCGACGUGUGACGCCUGCAGGCUCGGCUACACGGGACGGCGCUGUGAGAAAUGUGCUCCUGGUUACCAGGGUAACCCCCUUCUGCCUAAUGGAAAAUGUAUCCCUAACCAGAGCUCCAAGUGCGAUAACAGAGGAACCCUCAGCUCCAGCAGCAGGCCGUGCAGCUGCAAGAACAACGUGGCGGGCGCUGUGUGUGACGAGUGCAAGGCCGGGUUCUUCCACCUGUCGCAGGCCAACCCCGAGGGCUGCCUGCGCUGCUUCUGCAUGGGCGUCACCAAGCAGUGCGCCAGCUCCACGUGGAACAGAGAUCAGGUGCGGGGAGGCGUCAACGGGCAGCUCUUCUCCCUCUCCGACAGCGCCAACACCAAAACCAUCUCUGACGGCAUCUCCCAGAGUGGCUUCUCUGAAGUCGUCUACCGCUCCUUCUCCAGCGUCCCCAACGACAUCUACUACUGGGUCCUGCCCGAGAGCUUCAGAGGAGAUAAGGUGACGGCCUACGGCGGCGAGCUUCGCUACACGGUGCGCUUCGCACCGCUUCAGCGCUCGCCGGUGAUCGACGGCAAGCCGGACGUGGUCCUCCAGGGCAACGGCAUCUUCCUGGAGCACUUCUCCCAGACCAGGCCCCUCCCACGUGUCCCACAAACCAUCACUGUGACCUUUAGAGAGUCGGCGUGGCGUCGUGCCGAUGGGCAGCCGUGCACUCGUGAGCACCUCCUGAUGGCUCUGGCUGAAGUGAGUCUCUUCAUGAUCAGGGCCACCUACACAGACAACAUGGACGAGAGCAGCAUCUCAGACAUCAGGAUGGACGUCGCUGUUCCCCACUCCACGGGUAAUGAACGUGCCCUGGAGGUGGAAGAGUGCGCCUGCCCCCAGGGAUACAGGGGACCUUCUUGUCAGGAGUGUGACGAAGGCUACACGCGGACCAGCUCUGGCCUUUACCUGGGCACGUGCGAGCGGUGCGACUGCAACGGUCACGCCGGCGACUGUGACCCAGAGACCGGCAGGUGUCUGCAAUGUCUCCACAACACCGCCGGGCCAAGGUGUGAACGCUGUCAGACUGGUUUCUAUGGAAACCCUGUAACAGGCGGUGCCCAGGCCUGCCUGCCCUGCCCCUGCCCUGGAACCGCAUCCAGCAACCAAUUCUCCCCAACCUGUUAUCUGGAGUCCGAUGGUCAGCCGACCUGUGACAGCUGCCCCCCCGGCUACAGCGGCCGACGCUGUGAAAGAUGUGCCGCAGGAUACACUGGCAACCCGCAGCUUGGACAGAGAUGCACUGUUGGCAACAAUGAAGUCAAUGGUAACUGCUACAACUGUGACCAAAGGGGAAGAGAAAGCUGCAAUGGUGGCGGUUGCCGCUGCAAGAUGAACGUCGACGGUCCAUCUUGCUCCAACUGCAAGUCUGGAACCUUCCAUCUCAGCCAGGAAAACAAAGAUGGCUGCCUUUCCUGUUUCUGCAUGGGCGUCACUCAGCAGUGCUCCAGCUCAACGUACUACAGAGACCAGGUGUCCUCGGCCUUCACUCCGGGGAACUUCCAGGGAUUCGCGCUGGUGAACCGCCAGCGCACCAACCGCAUCCCGACUGGUUUCACCGUGGAGGUUUCCACCGAAGGCACUCAGCUGUCCUACAGCAACUUCGACUACCUGGGACAGGAGCCUCACUACUGGCAGCUUCCAGGCGUCUACCAGGGAGACAAGAAAGAUUCUGUCUUUAGUCGGAUAAAACGAGCAGAGCAGGGUGAUGUCAGACAGCUGGAUGAUGAGGUCUGGGCGCUCUUCUCUAACUUCUCCAAGGGACGAGCGGGUUCCCCUCCCUUCUUCCCCUCCUCCUUUUCUAAAUCCUCCUCCUCCUCCUCUUCCUCCUCCUCUUCCUCUUCUUCGUCUUCACGGCUCCCGACUUCCUCUUCCUCCUCCUCUUCGUCCUCACGGUGGUCUUUGCGUAACCUGAGCCCCCCUUCUGCUCCGUCUGGCAUCGCCUCUCCCGUUGGGCCAACCAGGCCCCAGCGCUACUCCCCGGGCCACGCUCCUCGCCUGCAGAGCAAGAACAGAGUGAGCGAGACUUCUGCCGGUGCCUCUGCGGACAGCAGCAAGUACGCUCUGGUCUACAAAGGUUUCAGCUUGCACCAGGAUGAUCUGCUCCGCUGGCAGCUGCCGGCGCAGUUCACGGGGGAUAAGGUGGGUUCUUACGGCGGUAAGCUCAAAUACACCAUCUCCUACGUGGCCGGUCCGAGAGGAACACUGCUGGAUGAUGCUGACGUGCAGAUUAUUGGCAACGACAUCACCCUGGUAGCUCGUCUGCCCUGGCAGAGGAGGCAGCAGGGCAGCAGAGAGACUCAGCGGUUUGAGGUUGUCUUCAGAGAGGAAAACUGGAGUCGUCCCGAUGGCAUGCCGGCAACCCGUGAGCACCUGAUGAUGGUUCUGGCGGAUCUGGAUGACGUUCUCAUCCGAGCGUCGUACUCCACCGAGAUGCGGUCCUCCAGCAUCUCCGAAAUCAACAUGGAAGUCGCCGUGCCCAACUACAGCGGCUUGGCACAGGCCCUGGAGGUGGAGCAGUGUCGCUGCCCACCUGGAUACCAGGGACUCUCUUGCCAGGACUGUGCCCCGGGGUAUACUCGCACGGGCGGAGGUUUAUACCUGGGUCACUGUGAGCUCUGUGAAUGCAACGGCCACUCGGACUCCUGCCACCCGGAGACGGGCAUCUGCACGAGCUGCCUGCACAACACGCAGGGUAAGGUCUGCGAGCAGUGCGCCCCUGGCUUCUUCGGCGACCCCACCGUCGGCACUCCGGAGGACUGCCAGCCCUGCGCCUGCCCUCACGCUGACCCCGACAACCAGUUCUCCCCUACUUGUGAGAGCCUUGGAAACGGAGGCUACCAGUGCACCGCCUGUCAGCCCGGCUACACUGGCCAGUACUGCGAACGCUGUGCCCCCGGAUAUGUUGGCAACCCACAGGACAGAGAGAAGUGUCGUCCGUACGAUGCUGCAGCCUCCCUGGUGGUGAAGGUUUACCCCGAGAGGGUCCUGGCUUCGCAGGGCGGGCCGGUCACUCUGCGCUGCCAGGUGUCCGGCUCUCCUCCGCACUAUUUCUACUGGUCCAGGGAGGACGGACGGCCCAUAUCCGGCAGCGCCGACCGACGCAGACAAGGAGCAGAGCUGUACUUCCCCAGCGUCCAGCCGAGCGACGGCGGCGUCUACGUCUGCACCUGCCGCGACCAGCGCAGCACCAACAGGAGCCGCGCUGAAAUCGUUGUCACAAGUGUCCCGUCCAAACCCAUCGAGGUGACAGUGGAGGAGCCCAAGGCCCAGACUGUCAGGGUGGGAUCCACCGUGAGCUUCAUCUGUACUGCGAAGAGCAAGUCCCCGGCCUACACCCUGGUGUGGACCCGCAUGGGCAGCAACGGGAAGCUUCCCAACCGGGCCAUGGACUUCAACGGCAUCCUGACGAUCCAGAACGUCCAGCCCGAGGACGCCGGCGUCUACGUCUGCACGGGCUCCAACAUGUUUGCCAUGGACGAGGGCAAUGCGAUCCUCUACGUGCCAGAGGCCUCACAGACUCAGAUGUUUUACACAGCCUAUGAAAUGUUUGAAGGACACAGAAAGUCUGGAGAGGGGGCCCAGCCUGUGGCCACCAUUAGUCCCUCAGUGCUGAAUGCCCAGCAAGGCCAGCGGGCGGAGUUCCGCUGCACAGUGACUGGAAACCCAACGCCUGCCAUCGAAUGGAUCGGAGGUCCAGGGAACAGAAUGAGUCCCAGAGCGGUGAUUCGAGGCGGCGUACUGACCUUCACCACAGUGGACCCGGCAGAUGCGGGAGAGUACACCUGCAAGGCCCUGAACACCCACGGCGAACACACCUCGCGGGUUUCCCUCUUUGUACAAAAAUCCAACCCGAGUGGCCUGGGCACCCAGCCCCAAGUCCAAGUCAGUCCCCAGAACAUUGAAGUCCACGAGGGUGAAUCCUUGAGGUUGUACUGCCGCGCGUCCGGAUCGCCCGCCCCGAAGCUCACCUGGCUAAAAAAUGGCGGCCAGAUCCCUCCACAGGCCAUUCCCUCUCACGGUUUCCAUCAGUUUAAAAGCAACAGUCUCGAUGUGUUACAGAGACGUAUUGAGGAGCUGCAGGCCCGCAUGGACCGCACCGACAUCGGCACGCUGCUCAUCCCCAACAUCAAGAUGUCCGACUCGGGCACUUACAUGUGCGUCGGCAGCAACAGCGUCGGCUCGAACAGCGCUCCGGUCAAAGUCACCGUGCUCAAAGCGGACCACAGCUCAUCCGUGGUCAGCAUCCAGCCAUCUAUAGCCGACGUGCAGGAGGGCCAGAGCCUGGAGCUCAACUGCUUCGCCCCAGGAAAUCCUCCUCCCCAGGUCGGCUGGACGAGGGCCAGCGGACGGCUCUCCUCCAACCACCAGGUUCUGGGCAGUCAGCUUCGCAUCCUGUCGGCCGGUCCGGAGGACUCGGGGGAGUAUAUCUGUCGGGUGCAGGGCACCUCUGGAAACCCCGGAUCUCAUGUCCACCAGGCCUCGGUCUCCGUGUCCGUCACUUCAUCUUCUUCACGUCUCCAGAGUCCCAUCAUCGCCAUCGAGCCCCACAGUGCUGCAGUGCGUUUGGGGGACUCGGCGAGCUUCAGGUGCAGGGUGUACAGCGGAGCCCAGCCUGUCAGACUGGAGUGGAAGCUGGCCAACAACCAGCCGCUGCCAGAUAAUGUCAAAGUCGGCGCCGACGGUUCCGUCUUAACCAUCACCGGCGCUCGCCCCGCCAACCACGGCGCCUACCGCUGUGUGGCGAGCAACCCGUUCGGCAUCACCCACUCCAUCGUGUCACUGAUCGUCAAAGAGUCUCCUGUGGCCACCGUGACCCCCGUUGGACCCGUGCAGAUCAGGCUGGGCGAGCCCAUCAACCUGGAAUGCCAGGCGACGGGAGAGCCACGCCCCUCGGUGUCCUGGCACAGGCUGGACAGCAACCGCAAGACCAUGCUGAGCAGCCCCGUGCCCAUGGAGUCCAACGCAGUCAUGCAGAUUCUGGUGGCGCGUCCAGAGGACAGCGGCACGUACGUGUGCACAGCUCGCAACAACGAGGGCUCCGCGGAGACCAGGGUGGAGGUCAUAGUGGAGGGGGGCUCUCAGCUGCCGUCAGUGCCCAGGGCCUCGGUUCCUGAGCCGCUGAUGAUUGUUGUGGAGGGACAGACGGCGACGCUGCGCUGUGAGGCCCACGGUUUCCCCUCACCAACGGUCACCUGGUCCAAGCUGCGCUCUCCUCUCCCCUGGAGACACAAGUUGGUGAACAACAGCUUGGUGAUGCCCAACGUGGGCCGGCAAGACUCCGGGGAAUACAUCUGCGGUGCCACCAACAACAUGGGCACCGCGGAAGUCACCAUCAUGCUCGAUGUAGAGACACUUCCCUAUGCCACCUCGGUGCCCGACGAUGUGGCUGUGCGGGUCGGGGAGGUGAUCCGGUUGCAGUGCCUGGCCCACGGCACUCCUCCUUUGACCUACACUUGGACCAAGCUGGACGGGAGCCUGUCCCCGAGGGCUCAGGUGAGCGGCGGGGAUCUCCAGAUCAACCUGGCCACCGCCGAGGAUGCUGGGAACUACAAGUGUGUGGCCGGCAACAAAGUGGGCAACAGUGAAGUGGUGGCCAAGGUCACAGUCCGAUCCCCUCUGGCCGUGCGCGUGUCGCCCCAGGUUGAUGUGAAGGCCCAGGGCAGCGCCGUGGAGUUCACCUGUUCGGCGGCAGGCGGCAUAGAAACCAAGAUCGAGUGGCUGAAGGAAGGAGGGGCCCUGCCGCCAAACCACCACGUCAAGGAUGGCGUGCUCAGGAUCGAGAACCUCGAGCAGAGCAACGAAGGCGUUUACAUCUGCAGAGCGAGCAGCGUGUACGGUCAGGCGCAGGACACGGCCAGACUGACCAUCCAAGCCUUGCCUAAGGUGAUGAUCAACGUGCGCACCUCGGUGCAGACUGUGAUGAUCGGCAACUCGGUGGAGUUCGAGUGCCAGGCCGUCGGCGACCCGGAGCCCACGGUCCAGUGGAGUAAAGUGGGCGGGGCUCUGCCGGCCCACAUCAUGGUGACGGGCGGCAUGCUGAAGAUCGAGCGGGUGACAGAGGCCGACGCCGGGCAGUACCGCUGCACCGCCACCAACGACGUGGGCUCAGUCCAGUCCCAGGUCGUCCUCAACGUGCAGUCCCUUCCUCAAAUUGCUGCACUGCCAGCAACUAAAGAGGUGACGGUCGGAUCUGAUGCGGUUUUGCCCUGUGUGGCUUCAGGAUAUCCUGUUCCUGAGAUCAAAUGGUCCAAGCUGGAGGGAGAGCUCCCUCCCAAGUGUUUCCAGGAAGUCAACGCGCUGACGGUGCCUGGCGUGACCCACGAGGACUCUGGCACGUACGUCUGCACCGCCUCCAACAAGCAGGGCAAAGUGGAAGCCUUCACUACACUUCAAGUUCACGAGAGGGUGAUGCCGUACUUCGCCCAGGAACCUCUGUCCUACCUCACCCUGCCCACCAUCAAAAACGCCUACAAGGCUUUCAGCAUCAAGAUCAACUUCAGACCUGACAGUGGCGAUGGUCUCAUAGCGUACGCUGGUAUGAUCCUCUACAACGGCCAGAGGAGGACGACAGGGGCCGACUUCAUCUCUCUGGGACUUGUGGGCGGUCGCUUGGAGUUCAGGUUUGACGUGGGCUCCGGCAUGGCCAUCAUCCGCGACCCCAACCCCAUCAAACUGGGAGAGUUUCACACCGUCGAGCUGUUCCGCAACCUCACCCUGGGCUACAUCGCCGUGGACGGAGGGGAGCCGAUCAACGGCAGCUCGCAGGGCAAGUUCCAGGGCCUGGAUCUGAACGAGGAGCUGCAUGUGGGCGGUUACCCUAACUACACACUCCUCGCCAAAACCGCCGGCAUCAAGACCGGGUUUGUCGGCUGUAUCCGUCAACUGGUCAUCCAGGGUGAGGAGGUCAUCUUCAAAGACCUGGACCGCAGCUCGACCGGCGUCUCCAACUGUCCCACCUGCAAAGACCACCCGUGCCAGAAUGGCGGCCGGUGCGAGGACUCGGACGCCAGCUUGUAUAAGUGCGGCUGCCCCAGGGGGUUCACUGGUAGCAACUGUCAGCACCACUCAUCCCUGCACUGUCACUCAGAGGCCUGCGGAGCAGACGCCACGUGCAUCAACCGGCCCAACGGCCUGGGCUACGACUGCCGCUGCCAUCUUGGCAAGUUCGGCAAGAAAUGCAUGGACGGGGAACUGGUGACCACUCCUCUGUUCGACGGGGAGGAGACGUUCAUAUCCUACCCUCCGCUCACCAACAUCCACGAUGACCUGCGCGUCGAGGUGGAGUUCAAGCCGCUGGACCGCGACGGCCUGAUGUUCUUCUGCGGCGGGAAGAAAAUGAAGGUGGAGGACUUCGUGGCCAUCUCCAUGGUGGACGGACACGUGGAGUUCAGAUAUGAACUGGGCACAGGCCAGGCGAUCCUUCGCAGCCCCGAGCCCGUCUCCGUGGGCCAGUGGCACCGAGUCGUGGCCGAGCGGAACAAGAGGGCCGGCCACCUGAGGGUCGACCAAGGCCAGGUGGAGAGGAAGACGUCCCCGGGAAAGGCCCAGGGCCUCAACAUCCACACGCCCAUGUACCUGGGAGGAGUCCCCAAAAUGGACAUCCUGCCCAAAGCCGCCAAUGUCAGCGAAAUGUUUGAGGGCUGUAUCGGAGAGGUUUCCAUCAACAACAAGAAGGUGGAUCUGUCCUACAGCUUCACAGAGAGUAGAGCCGUCCGCAAGUGUGUGGACAACAGCCCCUGCGACCGCCGGCCCUGCCUGAACGGCGGCCACUGCAUGUCGAGUGCCGAGUACGAGUACCAGUGCCUCUGUAAGGAUGGAUUCGAAGGCGAGCGCUGCGAGGUGGUGAGAGACGCGUGCCAGAGCGACGUCCACUGCCGGAACGGCGGCAGCUGCGUCGGCGGCCAGUGCGCGUGUUCGCCCGGCUUCGCGGGCGUGACCUGUGAGGAGAGCCAUGUCUCCAGCUUCCCUGAGGCCCUGUGGAAUUUGGAAGCUAGCGAUGCCAAUGAUUCACCCUACCAAUAUGCAGCUCACUUCCACGACAAUGGAUACAUCGCCCUUCCUAAAUCAGUUUUCCCGAGAAGCGCCCAUGACUCGCCAGAGACCAUCGAACUGGAGAUCAACACCAGCUCCCCCGAGGGCCUGAUCCUGUGGCAGGGUGUGGAGACCAAUGGCGCACGCAAUUUGCGAAAGGUGCAUGCUGGUAAAAAGGAACUCGGGGAACACGGCAAAGGCAAGGACUUCAUCAGCCUGGGUUUGCAGAACGGACACCUCGUUUUCAGUUACCAGCUGGGCAGCGGAGAGGCAGAGAUCUUGUCCCGAAAGUCCAUCAACGACGGGAGAUGGCACAAGGUCACUGCAGUCAGAACUGGCAAAGAUGGAUAUAUCCAGGUUGAUGGAGGAGCCACGCUGCAUGGACAGUCCAAAGGCAAAAGCCUCAUGGUCAACACCAAAGGCAGUUUAUACCUUGGUGGAGCGCCGGACAUGGCCGCCAUGACGGGGGGGAAGUUUUCGUCAGGACUGACGGGCUGCGUGAGGAACCUGACGCUGAUGAACGCCCGGCCCGGACAGCAGCCGGCCCAGGCCAUCGACCUGCAAGCGCACGCGGCCCACGGCAUCAACGUGCAGCCGUGCUCUUCAUAGACCACACACACACACACACACACUCACACACACAAAGAGAGACUAUGGAGUGAUGUCCCACACACACACACACACACACACACACACACAGCAGACUCACACAGAGACUUACACACAUAGAGCCCGACAAACUUGGUGCUACCAAAAAAAAAAAAGGAAAGAAAACAAAUCAACAUGUCACCACAGGAUUUUCUUUAUUCUCUGUGUGCAGUUAAACCAAAAAAGAAAAAGAAAAAAACCAGGAGAGAAAUUGAAACGACAUUAUUAACAGGUCUUCUCUCCCUCAGUGUUGUAUUCUCGAUGAAGGACUAUUAACACGGGAGAACCAGUACGUUUACAUACUUCCAGCAGUAGUGUUAGUCACGAGUCAAGAGUCAGAGUAAAACAUUGUUAGGCCUUCUACGACGGCUCAGAUCCUAUGGAGUUGGAGAUGUUUUUACAGCACUGAAUUUUUAUUUAUAUACAUAUGAAUAUAUAUAUUAUAUUAUAUUUGUGGGGGGGAAACAUGCAAACUAACCAUAACUGCUCUUCAUCUUUUCCCUAGAGUUUAUUCUGGGUUCUAAUACUGUGUGUCCAGGGCUUUUUUUUUUUUUUUGUUUUUUGUUAAAUAGGCCUGACUGUAUUAAUACCUGAAGACGUUCAGGCCUUCUUUCUUCACUUCUGUAGAGGAACCCUUUAUUCUUUUCUCCCUCUUCUCUUCGCGCGCGACCACGCUCACAACGUUCGUCGGCAGUUCUCUUACCACGCGCGGCAUUUGAGUUUGAUUUGGCGACGACGGGACGCGGUUCUGUCGCCUCCACAGCCUUGUAUCGAUUGAGUAGAUCUCAAAAAGUGAAAAGGGUGCACGGUUUUUUUGGUUUUUUUUAUGUGUGGUUGUUGAAGAUAUUAUUUUAUGUGUAAACAAC